AUGGAGGAAAACGGUUUUGCUGGAGCAAAAGUGGAUACAUCUAUAAAUAUUGGGAAUACCCCACCAAUAUUUAGAAUUAAUGGUCAAAACUUCCAUUUAAUGGGAGGGUUGCUUCCUCAAGACCGUAGUAGUCCAAAAUUUGCUCAAUUGUACAUACAUGACACGGAGAAUGAGGUGGAGAAUCGCAUCAACGCAUUUAGGGGCGAUCAACCGAGUACCGAAACCCAUGUUCAAAUAGUGGAGGACAUAAAACAAGAUUUGGAUGAUCACAAUGUCUUGGUCAAAUGUUUCCGUUGGGCUCAAACGCAUAUAAAAUUCAAUCCACAAUCAGAGUUCAAGAUGAGAUUGAUUGGUAAGCGGAAUGGGGAUGCGAGAACAUACAAUUUGCCCACUGUAUCGGAAGUCGCUGCACUUAUAGUGGGGGAUCUCGAUCCGGCGCUUGGUCAUAGGGAUAUUAUAGUAGAGACAAACGCCGGAUAUCUAAAGCGGAUAAACGAGUUGAACCCUGCAUACGUGUCAGCAUGCGAAGCUGCAUGGAGAUUGUUAAGCUUUGAGGUCCAGUACAGGCACCCGCCUGUGGAGAGGUUGAGCUUCCAUUUGCCGGAUUGUCAAUCAGUGGUAUUCCAGGACGAUGACAGAAUUGAGAAUGUGUUAAGUCGACCAACUGUAUACCAGAGUAUGUUUACCGCGUGGUUUGAUGCUAACAAGAAGUUUCAAUCGGCAAGGGAGUUAGCUUAUAUUGACAUGCCAACAAGAUUUGUAUGGAAGAAGGAUAUUAGAGAAUGGCAUCCGAGGAAGAGGGGUUUCUCUAUUGGAAGAAUAUUUUACGUACCGCCUGGCAGUGGAGAAAUUUAUUAUUUGAGAUGUCUCUUAAAUGUAGUUCGUGGUCCUACUAAUUUUGAUGACAUCAAGUCGUAUCAAGGUGUAGUAUAUCCAUCAUUUAUGGAUGCAUGCUAUGCAAGAGGGCUUUUAGAUGAUGGCAGAGAAUACAUAGAUGCAAUCAAUGAAGCAAGUCUUUGGUCUACUGCAACAGCAAUGAGAAAACUUUUUGUAGUCUUAUUAACAUCCAACUUGGUUAACCGGCCCGAAAACGUAUGGUGUCAAGUAUGGCAUCACUUGGCAGAGGACGUACUAUUUAAUAGGCGGAGGUUAUUCUCCAAUGAUGAUCUGAGUUUGUCUGAUGAUGAGAAGAAGAAUUUAGCACUAAUUGAGAUUGAGCGAUUGUUACAAAAGUACAACAAGUCCUUGAAAGAUUACCCUCAUAUGCCAAUUCCAAUUCUUGAAGAAUCUUGGAACCACAACAAUCGUUUGUUGUGUGAUGAGCUUGGAUAUGAUCGGGAUGCUCUACUUAUAGAGAGUGGCAGGUUAGAAAGUCAAUUAACUGAUGAGCAAUCUUUGGUGUACAACACGAUCCUAAAUGAUGUGCAAAAACAGAAGGGCGGCUUUUUCUUUGUUUAUGGAUAUGGCGGCACCGGAAAGACAUUUGUUUGGAAAGCACUCUCUGCAAAAAUAAGGUCACAAGGAAAUGUUUGGAAAGCACUCUCUGCAAAAAUAAGGUCACAAGGAAAAGUGGUCCUUAAUGUCUCUGCAAAAAUAAGGUCACAAGGAAAAGUGGUCCUUAAUGUUUCUGCAAAAAUAAGGUCACAAGGAAAAGUGGUCCUUAAUGUUACAUCUAGCGGUAUUGCUUCUUUGCUCUUGCCAGGCGGUCGGACAGCUCACUCGCGGUUUGCUAUACCUAUUGCCGUUACAGAAGACUCGACAUGCAACAUAUCUCAAGGUAGCCAUCUUGCCCAACUAUUGAUAACUGCAAAGCUUAUAAUAUGGGACGAAGCACCAAUGAUGCACAAACAUUGCUUCGAAUGUCUAGAUAGAACUUUGAGAGAUCUUAUGCGGGUCCAAGAUUGCAAUAGUGGUAGUAAGACAUUUGGUGGUAAAACGAUGGUAUUAGGAGGUGAUUUUAGACAAAUACUACCGGUUGUGCCGAAAGGAUCAAGGCAAGAUAUUGUUUCUGCAACAAUAAACUCUUCUUACUUGUGGGGAUCAUGUCAAGUCUUGAGGUUAACAAAGAAUCUUCGCCUAAAUACAGAUGAACAAGGUGCUAAUAUUGAGGAUAUUAAAGAUUUUGCCCAAUGGUUGGCCCAAAUCGGCGAUGGUAUCUUGGGAGGCCCUAAUGACGGCUAUGCCAAAGUUAAAAUUCCUCAAGAAAUGUUGUUGCCAUCGACAGGGGACAACAUAGCAACUAUUGUGGAUAAUAUUUUUCCAAUGUUCAAAGAAGGGUGUUGUCACCAAGAGUACAUGGAGAGUCGUGCGAUAUUAGCCCCCACGCUAGAUGUUGUGAAUGCAGUGAAUGAAUAUAUGACAGAUCUCCAUGUUGCUGAAAGCCAGACAUACCUAAGUUGCGACACGGUGUGUAAGGCGGAUUCAAAUAAUGGCAUCCUAUCGGAUAUGCACACUCCAGAAUUCCUUAAUGGAUUAAAAGCAUCUGGCAUUCCUAAUCAUGCUUUAACUCUUAAAGUGGGAUCUCCAGUCAUGUUGUUGAGAAAUAUAGAUCACGCAAUGAGACUUUGCAAUGGCACAAGGCUUAUUAUCACUAGAUUAUCAGAGCAUGUUAUCGAGGCAAAAAUUGUCGCUGGUCAUAACGCUGGACAAAUCGUCUUGAUACCAAGGAUGUCAAUGACGCCAACAAAUACAAGGCUUCCAUUCAAUUUUCAAAGAAGACAAUUUCCGUUAGUGUUGGCAUAUGCGAUGACCAUUAACAAAAGUCAGGGUCAAACAUUAAAGCAUGUUGGGUUACUCUUAAAGAAACAUGUUUUUGUUCAUGGCCAAUUAUAUGUUGCUGCUUCACGUGUUAGUAACCCUAAAGGGUUUAGAAUCUUAAUAUCAAAUGAUGAUGCAGAGAGUAACAAUUAUACUACGAAUGUUGUGUACCAUGAGGUUUUCAAUAAUUUGUAA